CAGUAAGCUGAGAUCGUGCCACUGCACUCCAGCCUAGCUACAGAGCGCGACUCUGUCAAAAACAAACACACACACAACAACAAAAAACUGAGCUUCCUGACCUUGACCCAAUUGACACUUUGGGCCAGGUAAUGCGUUGUUGUAGGAGCUGCUCUGUGCACUGUAGGAUGUUUAGCGGCAUCUCUGGCCUCUACUCACUAGAUCCCAACCCCACCCCUCUUAGCCAUGACAACAAAACUUGCUUCCAGACAUUGCCAGAUGCUCCCGGGGAGGCAAAAUUGCCACUAAUUGACAACCACUGCCUUAAAGCAUUCUCCAUUCUGCCCCUGGAACAUUACUUUCAAAAUGUAAAUCUAGUUACAUUACUUAUUUGUAUGUCCCCAUUGUCCAUGGAAGUAAUAUAAGUAAAGAUGUAUAUACUCUAGAGAACUGCACAAGACAAUCAAAUUGUGCAUGGAAAGAAAGUAUUGGAAUAUCCAUUUAAAUUUGUUUUGUAUCUUAAAAAACUAAGAAAGUUGUUAAGCUUUACUUUUGGUGAAUGGCUGAGAGUUGUGUACAUAAAUAAUUUACAAAUACACUGAGGGAUGCUCAGGGAUUUUUACUAAUGGGUGACUAAAUACUUUGGAGGCCACUGGUCUGUAGGAGAAAGUCUAAAAUCCCUCUGACCACACAGCACCUCUCUUGUUCUUUAUCUCCGAAGUCCCCAACCUUAUUCUUCUAACCCACGGUACUACCUUGUAAUUCCUUUCAUUUGAGGUGUGUGUUCAUGAUCUGCACCUUGGCUUAUGCUGUUGCCCUGUGUUCACACAAAACUCACUGCUUGUGUACAAUCAAAUGUUACUCUCCUUGAUAAAGAAUGACCUGAGAAUUAAUUUUUUUCCCUCUUUGUGACCUCCUUCUACCUUGACCACCCAUUUUUUCAUGGCUUCCAUAAUUCAUUGUUGCAUGUGUAUGUUUGUAUAGAAAGUCUCUUCAUCAGUCUAAAGAGUCUUAAAAACAGGACCAGCAUCUUCUUUGCCUUGGUCUCCUCUGCAACUAGAACAGUUCCAGACAUGUAGAGGAAACUCCAAUUGUUUUAUGAAUUAAUAAGUGGAUUUGUAAAUAAGCAUAAAGGCCUAGUGUUUUUAUUAUGAUUUAUGUUUCCCCCAUAAAAUAUAACUGAAGGAAGGUACAUGUCAGACAGCCUUUGUAACACUUCCUUGUAAACUUUGAACAAUGAACAUGGUAGGGAUUAGUUCCCAUACAUAUUUUCCAUGGCAUUGAGUCUUGGGCACUUCAGAUGGAGCAGGAUUGGACUAUUACAGGGCUCAGUGCCAUUUGAGGAUGUAUCUGUGGACAUCACCCAGAAGGAGUGGCAGCUCCUGAACCCUGCCGAGAGGCUCCUGUACAGGGAUGUGAUGCUGGAGAACUACAGGCACCUGGUGUCAACGGGGCACUGUGUUACCAAACCUGAGCUGAUAGUCAAGUUGAAGCAAGGAGAAGAAUCAUGGAUAUUAAAGAGAGAACCACCAAGUCACAGCCACUCAGAAGUCCAGAAAGCCAAUAACAUGAAAGAAGUCAAGAAAAUAAAGACAAAUAAUUGAGGCAAGCUUUAUUAAUCAACAACAAAAUACUGACUAAGAGAAGUAAAACCUUAAGGGAAGCGUUUAAUAUGGCCACAAACACAGUGCCCUCAAGAAAAAUGUCCCAUAAAUGUGACUCAUUUGGAACAAGCUUGAAAAGUGUUUCAGAAAUCAUUAUUAAUAAUAUAAACCAUGUAAGAAAAAAAGUCAGUUGAAUUCAGUAGGUGUGACUUCCUUGAUAUUAAGCAUAAUAAAACUCAUGCAGAGAAUAAACCCUGUGAAAAUGAUCAAAAGAAGAAAUCCCCCAGUCAUAAUUAGGAUUUUGUUCAACAUCCGAAGGAUUCAUCUUUGGAGCAACUUCUUGAAUAUAAUAAUCGUGGGAAAGGCUUUCACAGAAAGAUAGUCUUUGUUACAUGUAAGAGAGCUCUCACGGUAGAGAAACCUUCAGAAGGAAACAAAUAUGGACAAGUUUUAUCUCAAAGUUAAGGCUCAAUUCUCGUCCAAUAACCCUUAGGGAAAGGAAGCCAUAUGAGCCCGGUAAAAAUGGGAAAUCCUCAUGCGUGAAGUCAAAACAUGCACUCAAGAAAUUCACACAGGGCAAAAACACUAUGAAAUCAAACUUUACCCAACAUCAAAGAAUGUACACAGGAGAAAAACCUGAUUAGUGUAAAGAAAAUGAGAAAGCCUUGAAGAAGUUAUACCACACUCAAAAUGAGAGAACUCGUGCAGGAGAGAAAAAUCUAUGAAUGUAAGAAAUGUGGGAAAUUCUUUCAUGAAAAAGCAUGCCUUACUCAACAUAAGAGAGCCCACACAACAGGAAAACCCAGCAACUGUAAUGAUAGUGAAAGAGUCUUAAAGAAGGAAUCUUGCCUCACUCCCAAUCAGAUAAUUAAAACAAGAGAGAAAAACUGUAAAGGUAAUAAAUGUGAGAAACCUUUCUUUGAGAAGUUGAAACACACUCAACAUCAGAGAAAGCACUCGGGGAAGAAAACCAAUGGGUGUAAUGAAAGUGGGGGUGCCUCAAGUAGGAAGUCACAACUUACACAAAGCCAGAGAGCUCACAAAAAAAAGAGAAAACCUGUGACUGUAAUAAAUGUGGAGAAAGCUUCCAUAAGAAAACAGAUCUCAGACAGCAUCAGAGCACACACACAGGAAAAAAAAAAACCCUAUGAAUGUAAUGAAUGUGAAAAAUCCUUCUUUGUGAAGUCCAACUACAGUGAACAUCAGAGAACUCACACAGGAGAAAAACCAUAUAAAUGUAAUGAAUGUGGAAACUCCUUCUGCCAAAAAUCAGCCUUCUCAGUACAUCAGAGAAUUCACAUGGGAGCAAAACCAUAUAAAAGUGAUGAAUGUGGGAAAACCUUCUGUGUGAAAUCAAACCUUACUCAACAUCGAAGGACUCACACAGGUGAGAAACCCUAUAAAUGUAAUGAGUGCUGGAGAUCUUUCUGUGUGAAAUCCAACCUUGUCGUGCAUCAGAGAACUCAUACAGGAGAAAAACCCUACAGAUGUCCUGAGUGUGGGAAAACCUUCUAUGAAAAGUCAGCCCUCACAAAAUAUGAGCUAAAUCACACAGGGGAAAACCCCUAUGAGUGUAAUAAAUGUAGAAAAACCUUCAGCCAGAGGUCCUCCCUCACCAAACAUCAAAGGAAAAUACACAAGAAGAAAACUCCCAUCAAUACCCUCCAUGUGCAGAAACCUGCAUCUUCAAGCCAAAUUUGUCAAACAUCAGCAAAAUCACAGGGCAGAAACCCUAAGGUGUUAAUAUAUGUAGGAAAGUAUUUAUUUAUAGGUUAUAAUGAAUAGGAAUUAGAAAAUUAGCAUAGAAGUGAAACCACAUGAAUGCUUUGAACAUGUGAAAGCUUUCAGCAAGUAUUCAGAGCUGAGGAGGAAAAAUUAAUUUUAAGAUAUAUGAAUACAAAAAUAUUCUUGUGCAUAAAGUGUUUAAGUAGAAGUCAUCUUUCUGAUGUAAUAUCAGAGUAAUUAAAAGAUUAGAAAAUGUCUUGUUCUUAAUAGAAUGUGAAACAUGAUCCUUUCAUAAAACUGUGAAUUAUUUAAGUCAUUGACAAUAGCGUUAAAUAUGUGUGAAGAUUUCCUGAAGUAUAUUGGGCUAUAUAUGAUUACAUAGGAUAUGAGUGCGCUGUAUAACAUAAAUUAUGUGUAUGUUAGAUUUACACAUGGGAACCCACCACUGUCUCUGAAUCACAACAAUACAACAUAUUUUAUAAGUGAAAAUUGAACAGUCACACAACUGUGGCCCAACAAUUCCAAUUCUAGAUACAUACCAUAAAACAAUAAUUCUCAACUGGGUUUCCUAAUGUGUGUUUGGAAAUAUGUUGUUUUGAUUGUCAACAUGAUUGAUGUGCUACAGGCUCUUGGUAGAUGGGAGGCCAGAGAUGCUAACUUCCCUACAAUGUAUCAGUGAAAGGACAGGAAAUAGUCUUAUCCAGAAUACCAGUAGUUUCACUGCAAAAAAAAAAAAUUGCCCUAUAGAAAUUCUUGCACAUCUGCACCCACAAAUGUGUACAAGAAUGUUUACUGCAACAUUGCAAUAGUUUUUUAAAAAAAAUUUACAGAAAAUAUCCAGAUGUUGAUUAACAAUAAACUAAAUAAGUGUUGGCACAGUCUUAUGGUAGAAAUAAUAUACAUCAAUGAAAAUGAAACUCUUAUUAAACACAUCAGCAUAGUUAUAUCUUAAAGUGAUGUUGAAUUUAAAAAAGGGAAAAAUAUAGAUACUAUGUUAUGUUAUUUAUGUAAAGUUCAAAAACAAACCAAGAAUACAUUGUUCAGGAAUACAUACAUAAGUAGUAAAAUUAGAAAAGAAAGCAAAUGGAUGAUUAACACAAAAUCUACAAUAUCAGUUACAUUUUAGGAGGAAGGAGGGGCUUACAUUUAUGGAGAGAAAAGAGAGCCUUCAUGUUUCUUAAAUGGGUUAUGGAUACACAGGUAUUUCUUUUAUUUUUAUUUGUAUCAUGUGUAUGCAUAUUUAUAUUCAUAUAUGUAUCUCUUAAUAGAGUAUCUUAUUUUCAAGAAAAGCCUUAAAAUAAUGCAUUAGAACAUUAACAGAGGUGAUGUUUUGUAGUAAGAGUUGUAGUUAAGAUUUUUUUUUUACAUUUGUCUAUUUUUCUGUAGUUCAAAUCUCUUUAAUGACUGUUUUCAAGUAUCCAUACCACUAGUCAUUUAGGCCUACCCUUGAUUUUCUUGAUGGUCUUUUUCCAUUUGUUUCCUAGUAGAAUUUCUCCUAAAUUUUUUAAAAUGAUAAAGUGAACACUGACCAAGAUAGAAGAAGUAAGGAAAGUGGAAAAGAAAAGCAAAGUACAGUAGACUUUAAACAAGUAGAAACAAAAAAGAAUCAAUAAUAAAAGUUAUUACAAAUAAUAUGAACAAAUUGAAUUCCUACAUCAAAGACACAGAUAGUUUAACAGUGAGUUGAAAAACUAAAUCCAACUAUGUAUGGCUUGUAAAAAAAAAAAAAAGUACCUAAAACCAGGUGACAAAGGGAGUUUGAAAUUUAAGGGAUGACAAAAAUAGAUCCAGGUUUUUUUAAACAUUUAUCCGCUAAAGUGUGACAACAUAAGGGUAGUGCUGUGAUUACCUUGUUUAACCAAACUUCCAUGGAGUUGUAGUCUAGGGAAUAGGAUGGAUGUUAAAAGCUGUGGCAGGGCCUGCUAAUCACCCUGCAGUAGCCAUGGUUCCCUUCUUCCUUUAAUAGUAGUACUCCCUAGUGAAUGCUGACAGGGCAUAUGGCCACCCAACUAGACUACAUUUCCUAUCCUAUUUCGCUACCAGAAAAAAAAAGAAGGAAAUGGCACCUACCUGUCCAUUGUAACUCUCACAUGGAUUAUUUGGAGAGUGUAGACAUUUAUUUCCAAUGGAUUUAUUGAGAAUUUAUCCUCCUUUGAAUAACAACAAAAAGCUGAAGGCCAUCAAAUAUACAACAAUGAUGGAUUGGCUAAAGGAAUUAUCACACAUCCAAAGGACAGAAUAUCUUGCUAUAUGUCAAUAAUAGAAAACUCUGCUAUAGCAGAAUUUACUACAUGCCAAGCACUAUUCUAGAAUAUAGAUAUAGAUAGAUAUAUUGAUAUGAUAAAAAUGUUAUUUAAUCCUCAUAACAACCUAUGAAGUAGAUACUGUUAUCCCCAUUUUACAGAUGGGUAGACCAAAGCACAGAGGUUAAUUUGCCCAAGGGCAUAUACCUAGUAAGACAUGGAGCCAGGAUUUGAGUCUAGGAAGUCUGACACCAGAGGCCAUGCUCCUAACCAUUAGCUUCUUCACUGCUCAUCAAAAGUGAUCUUGUAGGGGAAAAUCCACUGAUAGGAAAAUAUAUUCAUGUUAUGUUUCUUUUCUAUCUGCAGUUAACAUUUCUAACCUUUCAUGGUCUGAGAAUCCAGAGGAAACUGAAAAGGGCAGGGCAGGGAAGGGGCUUUCAGGUACGUCUCUUUUUAUUGAUGGUGCUCUCUUCAUUGUCAUUUCUAGUGAGAAACUUUUAAAGAUACCUUGUUUUGAUUUUAUUUGGAAUGAUGAACAGGGCACUAAGCAUGGGGCAACUUCUAAUCUUGACAUUGCCUCUAACCAACUGUGUGACCUAGUCUAGCCCAAUUUUAUUAAUCCUUAAAUUGAGGAGGCAUAUUUAGAUAAUACUAUAAUGCCUUUCCAUUUUUAUCAUUCUGAACUUUGUAUGUCAAUCUAUAGGGCAAUCAGCACAUCCUUAGAGGCCGAAGGCAAUGAUGGAUAUAGUAUGAGUGUAGCACCAGCUUAGGUCAGGAAAGAAUGAGUGGAAAAUAAAUAAAGCAUGUGUCUUCAGAGAAUGUCUUUAGAGAAGGUUGAGACUGAAUUUUCUCAGCUGCACCUGCUGACUCUCUCCUGUCUUGAGUGUGCCCUCACAGACAUCCAAUAAGCCUUUUCUUGUGGAGUCUUCCCCCUGCCAAGCCCCUCAGCUUAGCUCCCUGCUUUGAGAAUUGCCCUGAAACGUCCAUUGGCACACAACUCAAGUGGGUCUCUGCAUGGGGUAACACCACGCAAAUUUUGCACACUCUGAACAGAAGGAUCAAGAAUUGCUUAUAGCCCAGCUCCUUGCCUGGGGCUUUUCCACACCUGCCUAGAGCUCUGGUGUGAGGUCUCACUGAAUUUCUAUUCCUGGAGUUUUGUCCUUGUAACACACAAGAUACAUUGCAUUCACAUGGAGUCAGUAUCUGAGCCCCAAGCACAGCUUCACUUUAGACAGGACCUCCCACCUGAUAACCUAUUUGUCUCUGAUAGUACCCAUUGGCCCCUGAAUCUCACACUGGCUUCUGGUAAACUCGAACCAGGGGUGCUAGGAACAAAUAAAGGCCAGAGAGUACAUAAGACACCCAGAAGCUGCAGAAAUAUAGUGUCCUCCAAAACACCAAAGAAACAUCAAGAAAUCCUGGGCCUAGGAGGCUGGAGUCCAUUUUUAUUUAACAUUUAUUUCUUGUGGAGUCAUUAAGGUCAUUUUGUGGGACUGAGUGCUGUGAAUAAUUCAAAGACAGUUAGCAUCCAAGUCUGGGUUUUUUGGCAAUAUGGCGUAUUGGCAAAGCACAACGUGCGAUGGAAAGCAAUUCUGGGAUUUAACCCCAGCACUUCUGCCACCUACCUGUUGAUGUUGGAUGACUGACUUCACUUCUCUGAGCAUCCAUUUUCUUAUUAAAAUAAAGAUGACAUAAAAUAAUAAGAUAUCAAUACUAACCUUACAAUAAAUAUGUUAAUUGGUACACUUAAUUAAAAGAACCUAGCAAAGUAUCUUGUGUAAUAGAAGCAGUGGCUUUUAUUAGGAUCUUGUUAUGCAGCAAGCAAGGGUAUACAUGCCGUAUCACAUUAAUCUCCGAAACAGGCCUACAGGAUAAGUUCUCUUUCCAUGAUCAUCUCAAAGAUGAGGAUAACAAGGCUGAUAGAUAUUCCUUAAAAUUACUGGAGUUAGACCAGGCAUGGUGGCUCACUCUUGUAAUCCCAGCACUUUGGGAGACUGAGGCGGGCAGAUCACCUAGGUCAGGAGUUCAAGACCAGCCUGGCCAACAUGGUGAAACCUGGCUCUACUAAAAAUACAAAAGUUAGCCAGGUGUGAUGGCGCAUGCCUGUAAUCCCAGCUACUCUGGAGGCUGAGACAGGAGAAUCACUUGAACCUGGGAGGCAGAGGUUGCAGUGAGCCGAUGUCGUGCCAUUGCACUCCAGCCUGGGCAACAGAGUGAGACUCCAUCUCAAAAAAAAAAAAAAAAAAAAAUUUACUGGAGUUAUCGAGAAGCCCAGAUCCCAUAGAGAGUUUGUACUCUCCUUGCCUCUUCCAAAUCAGCACAAAAUAUUCAUGUUCUUCCUAGUUGCUCUCAAGGAACUUACCUCUUAGAGUACCAGGCUGCAUGGUGGCCAGGCUAUACUUGGCAAGAGCAGAGUUUCUAGAAUCAUCUCUUGUGCACUUUGAUGCACAUUCCUGGCCUCCCAUCCAGUACUCUAUUCCAGAGAAGGAAGCAAAUGCCCACUCUCCAGCCCUGCACCCAGCACAUAGGGAGCCAAGGCCUUCUCUUGCCUGCCAUUCCCUUGAGACCAAGUCUAGGACAGCCUGGGAACACUUAAUAAGAUUCCUCAAUGUUUUGUUUCUACCUUACAGCAGCACAGGUCAAUUCCACCCCCAAUCUCUCGGCAAAGGUACUUUGCAAGACACUUUCAGUUUGGUUCCUAGGACCGAUACUUUUGACGAACAAAGAUGUGGAGUCUCCCCCAUAAGGCUGUAGACAGAGCAAGAGCAACCUCUUUUCCUAAAAUGGAACUGUAUGUGUGCAGAAGGAGCUACUGAACAUCUGUCCCUGGUGACUUCCUCUGGGCAUUGCAAGACCCCAUUUCCCAUAAAUCUCUGUGGCACCUUUAUUUGUGAUUAUGCAAGAGUUUCUGCUUUAUUGGGUACACUGAACGCUUGCUCUCAAGGUAUUUUUUUUUCUUUCCCAUAAAUGCAGGAUUCUUUCAGUACCCACAGAGAUUAUAAUUAGAAAUGGUUUAAACACAA